ACGCUACUGUAGCUCGGACGGAGUUCACAAUGAGGGCGUGGACACGCAGCACUUGGCCGGCACCGAACGCCGCACGAGGACUGUAACAAAGAUUAACUCGGCGCUAACUGGAGCCGAGCCGGGCUCGGCCAUGCGUGGGGCGCGUGGGGCGACGCGGAGCGUCAUGUUUAGUUAAGUGGGACUCCGUCCGGGGCUUGUGUUUUUAGCCCAGCGCUGCGCUGCUGAGCAAUGCGGAAGACGCGGUGUCACCGGAGAAACACGAGCAGCCCCCGUCUGCACACAAAUAUGUCGCGCGGCUCGUCUCCGGCGGUGUCACGCGACCCUGUUCAACAAAGUUAACCGUUAGCAUACGUAGUGGUUAGUAGUGCAGUAGCCGCCAGCCCGAGCCUUUAAACAUAGGGUUUUUUUUUUGGUUGAAGUUGUUUACGGCGGGGCAGAUUCGCCACGUUGUGCAGGAAGCUGUGGCGUUUGCCUUGUGCUAACAGAUGAAAGGGCAGAGCAGGAAACCAUCAGAGCCCUGAUGUGUCAUGUGGAAAUGCACAGGCCAGACCUGCCUCCACCCAGACUGACUUCUGCGUUCAUUACAGAUUUCAACACACAGUAGAAGAUUUGCGGCAGCCGUCUGAGAACAUCUCCAUACAGUCACAAAGGAGAACAGGUGCCUGAAUUUAUCGGCCACACCAUCAUAUAGUGUUAAAAUUUUGAAUCAUGUGGAACCCAGCAAACAGUAACAAUCAAGGGGGACAAGUGGCUGCCAGGAUGGAGACCACUCCAUCUUUGGGUAGUGCAAGCAUCUCCAUCUCCCAGCAGCAGUCACCCAAGAAAUUUGCCCCCGUGGUUGCACCCAAGCCCAAAUUCAACCCGUAUAAACAGGCCGGAGACUCCAGCUUCCCUGACCCUGCAGCCGACUACCCUCCCCCUCCGCCACCUGCCGAAGAGACGACCGGCUUCCCGUCCUCCCCCGAAUCCUUCCCUCCACCUCUGAUGAACUCGUUCGAUUAUCAGAUGAAGGGACCAGAGAAGACGCUGGAGGAGAGACGCUCCAGUCUGGAUGCUGAGAUCGACUCCCUCACCAGCAUCCUGGCCGACCUGGAGAGCAGCUCGCCCUACAAGCCACGAACCACUCAAAACUCUGGAUCUUCCGCAGCCUCCACUCCCAAUGCUCCAGUUACUGGCUACAAGCGGAUGGUCAUCCCAAACCAGCCGCCUCUAACUGCCACGAAGAAGUCCACGCCCAAAGCCCAGACCCCCGUGGGAGUUGCUUCAGCCUCCCCUGCCUCUGUCAGCCCAGUGGCCAAGCCUCAGGGCCAAAUGGCUCCUCAGCCUGUGCCAGCAUCCUACGCCACAGCCUCAACUCCAAGCCAGCCCACCUUCAACGUCCAGGUGAGGCCGGCCCAGCCAGGUCCCCAGCAUCCGGCCCCAGGAGGUCACCAUUUUGGCCAGCAGCCCAUUCGCAACCCUACACAGGUGCAGUACAUGCCUGCGCAGCCAAAAGGUCCCGACUUUGCCUAUGGACCGCCGCAGCCUGGCUUUUCCCCAAUGGGUCAGGGUGCGUAUCAACCACAGCACUAUCAGGGAGCACCCCAAGCAGGUAGCUUAAGCUCAAGGAAACCAGACCCUGGACCCACCCAAACAUACCAGCCUGCAGGCCCCAAGAAGACCUACAUCACAGAUGUACCACCAAGCUUGGCCUCCUACACUUCUGGACCAUCCGUUCCACCAAAGGGCGGAGCUCCCGUUGCCCAUCCUGAAGACGAGUUGGAACGCCUGACCAAGAAGAUGCUGUUUGACAUGGACCAUCCUCCAGCUGAGGAGUAUUUCGGGCGCUGCGCCAGCUGUGGCGAGAGCGUCGUGGGUGAAGGCACCGGCUGCACCGCCAUGGACCAGGUCUUCCACGUCGACUGCUUCGUCUGCAUGACCUGCGGCAGCAAGCUGCGGGGCAAGCCCUUCUACGCCGUGGAGAAGAAGGCGUACUGCGAGCCCUGCUACAUUAACACCCUUGAGACCUGCACCAUCUGCAGCAAGCCCAUCAUGGAGCGCAUCCUGCGGGCCACGGGCAAAGCCUACCACCCCCACUGCUUCACCUGCGUGGUGUGCCACCGCAGCCUGGACGGCGUGCCCUUCACCGUGGACGCCUCCAACCACAUCCACUGCAUCCAGGACUUCCACAAGAAGUUUGCCCCACGCUGCUGUGUGUGCUCUGAGCCCAUCAUGCCGGCUCCUGGCCAGGAGGAGACCGUUCGCAUCGUGGCCCUGGAUCGCGACUUCCACGUGCAGUGUUACCGUUGUGAGGACUGUGGCUCCCUGCUCUCGGAGGGGGACAACCAGGGCUGCUACCCUCUGGACGGCCACGUGCUCUGCAAAAACUGUAACACCAGCCGCAUCCAGGCCCUCACCGCCAAGGCCACCACCGACCUCUGAGCAGCCGGGCGCCUGGUCACCUCCACUGUGAUGCCCCCCUGCUUGCGCUCUCUCUCUCUGACUCUCCCCUCUCAUCUGCCCAUUCCCAUCCACUGACCCCUGCAUUCCUCAGCAAAUACACGCCAUAUGCCUUAUAACUGUAUAAGCACCUCUUAUAUAUGUAUGUACACACCUUCAGUAAGACGUUCACCGGCAUGCGUCGAUCUCUUGAUCUGGUACAACCCCAGCAGAAAAGGCCUUUGUGUUGUUUAAGGGUGUUUUAGCAUUUUGGGAAAUACACUUAGAGGCUUUCUUGCUGAGGGUAAAAUGAGAAUAUUCCUGCCUGUAGACUAGUGUUUGUCUGUAACAAGCUGCAGUCAGCAGGCCGUUAAUGUAGCUUCACACACAAACCUGAACCAGGGAAGGUUCCAGCUACAGUGCCUGAUGUGUUCUGACCAAAAACUGCUCCUUCGCUUAAUCUUUUAAGCACAACAUCAUGUUUACCCACUGGUUUGUCUAGAAGGUUUCAUUGUGAGCUUUAGAGGUGACUUAGGACAGAGAGUCUAACUGGCCACAAUUUCCACCCAAACCAAGUUUACACCACAUUAUUCAUAGGGGUUUGAUCGUCGCCAUCAUCCUCACGUAGAGUUGUUAUCUCACAUCAUAAUUAUCUGCACUAUACGUGUCUCAGCCACGAUGCACGUCCGUGCGUGCAUGCAUGGAAGCCCAAAUGUUUCCUGCUGGCUGGUUCCUGUGCUCGGAAAUGGAGUCUGACGCAACUAGAACGGAGCAGUGGAGGGGAGACGCGAGCGCGUGGAGCCUUUUGUCAGCCAUUAUUACCCUGCACCUUUACAGGCAGUGCACAUUUCCAUACAGUACGGGAUGAAUUGAAUUAUACACUGAAGUUUAUUUUUGUAAAAUCCUACUUCCUGUGCAGUUACUAUAUUAAACAUUAGCUACGGCCUGUAGAGUGGGACAAUAAUUACUAAGUCUCAGUGUCAGGAGCAGUAUUAUCAGGCAGCUGUUGAGUGCAUUCCCCUUUUUAAACUGUUGUCUUUUCUAUACUUUCCCUUAGAAUUAGCUUUUGUCCUGACAUUCCUGUCAUAUAAAUGCCGCAUUAUAUUUAAGAGUAAUAGUAAAUCUUACAGUAAAUAACUGUGUAGCUUUUCCCCUUCUUUACUCCGCCAUGGAUUGGAUUAGUGUUUGUGUUGUGCGCAGUCUGACAGACAGCAAAGAUGACAUGGCUAUGCAAUUUUAAAUAUUAAUUGCAUCGACACUUUAUAAGAAAUUUUAUGAAUAAGGAAAUAUUUUACCUGUACAGAUUGAAGCAUAAGUGUCCUUUUAAUAAUCGCGGGACCCGAACUAUGCUGUUGAUACGCUGUGACUGUGUGUGUCACGGUGCUGCGUGUCAGUAUUGAUCGACGCUCGCCUCUGAUGUUGCGUGUUUGUUAGUUGAUUAGCAAAGAAUGGACCGCGGCUUUUUUUCAAAGGCGACCUAUUAUGUGUUUCGUGUUCUCGUCCUGUGACGGUGGAGCAUCGUCAGCUGUGGCUGCCAGACGAUCAGUGACGAUCCCUUAAAGGUCCCCCAUGGAGUUGGUCUGAUGGGUAGGUCUCCAUCUAGUUUGGGAGCCAAGUGGACAACAUGUGCAGGAGUAAACACUAAAGGCGGCCAUGUUUUCUGUCCACAACAAUAUUACUGAUGGUGGCAGUCACGAGCAGAAAGAUCGGCCAGCGCCUGUAAAAUCAGAGAAGAAGACAAAGGGCUUUGACUCGUUUAGACUACACCUCCACAGGCCCCUUCUCAAACUAAACACAAUGUAACCCCCAGGAAGUGGGUGGGUUUACAGUCAGCUGCUCAGUUUAAGACUAUCUCUAAGCUUUGAUUGCAGAUCUUGAGAAUGUGCGUUUUUAGAUUAUUCUUUCUUAAUAAUAAAUCCCUUGGAUACUAGAAAGUCAUUACACAUGAAAAUGGACCAAGGUAACACUUUGUAAAUAAUUGUGCUAAUAGGCCCAUUGAAACAUGAAACCAGAAAACUGCCAAGCAUUUAAUUGAGUCUAGGUUUUGUAUGUACUGUAGUGUUCAGAAUAACUGCACGGAGGUGAGGAGGUGGCGCCGCUGGUUGGACACUGACUCUGUACAGACACAACCAGACUCGUGAGCCUCGAGCAGAAAACCGUGCGAAUGCCGGUGCUGGAGAAGGUUAGACUCCUUAAACUUCAUGUCCUCGGGACGUUUUCCAUCAAUAUUUGGAGCAUAUAUUUAGACAGACGGGUCACGUAUUAAACCCCAAAACAUCAUUUGGCAUUUUUAAGACAUUUUUACGCUCCUCCACAAGUGUAGAAAACUCAUAUUAGACAAGUGCACUGCUUGUGGAAGAAAUAUCAAUAUUUUCCUAAAUCUCAUACUGUUACCAUUCAUGCAUAUAUUAAGCAGCUUUCAUAGUCUCAUUAUCACUUGAAGUUUCUGCUGCUCUCUAUACAAACAGCAUCUGCUAUACUUGGACACUCUUCCGCCAUUUAAAACUCGGUUUAGUGAGUCAUCUGGUUUCCACUGGUUGUUAGGCAACAGGGGACAGAAAACGUAUCAAAAAGUCUAUAGCACAUAUCAUUAUGGCAUAAGUGUUGCUAGGCUUCGGCUCACGGGGACGUUGCUGGGGAACUGGCUAAGUUAGUAUCUCCUGCCGGCGUUGUGUUAAAGGCUGCUGAGCUGUGGGGCCAACAGCGUCAGAGCGGCAACGAGGCCAAACGCAGGAACCUCUAUUAGAACAAGAGUCUGAUAACCCGUGUCAGGAGUCCAGUCAUGAUCCCGUCCAGCGGAGUUUAACUUUGCAUCUUCAGCAUCAUCCUCUCUCACCUCAGGCUGCUGAAACAGAAGUCUUGGACUAGAUGGACUCAUAUUUACAGUAUGACACUGGUCCACGGCUCUAUGAAAAGCUGAAGUUGUCUGACACAUCCUUCAUGUUAAUCUGAUAAGGCGAUGACUGGUCCUGACUCCAAUUGGCUCUGAGUUAAUGCUGGUAUUGAAGCAGACUCUCAUUGUGGGCUUAUUAGCACUGUUCUACAUGGUGUAUCUCAGACGUGAGGGACGCGUUCACAGUGCGGUGAACUUGUCUUGAGUGUGUAAUGACUGUGUUAUUGUUGUGUAUCUACAUAUCCACUGUCCACGCCGGUUCAGGUGCCUUUGGCCGAGCACCUGUUGCUCCAUGUGUUCAAAGAUUUCGCCUUGUUUACUUGUUUUUUGCCAAAGUAAAUAAAGAGGAUCCCCUUUUAGUUUGGACCAACUCUGGUGCCACCAACCACGUGUCUCCAUCAGGUACUGAGCUUAAAGCAGCCGAGUCUCGCCUAUAAGAGCUUGACCCCCUGUUGUCAAAGCUUCUCGUCUGUUCUUGAUCUUUGGAUGAGGCAUGUAGUCAACUGUUGUUUUCCUUCUUCAAUAAAGGCUUUUGCUUUUGCUAAAGCA